AUGAUCAAGCUGGGAGACGUGCUUCGGCCUCUGCAACACCUAUCAAUGCUGGAUGGAGGGAUCGCCCGGGAAGUUUUCGUGCAGAUCUUCAAGGCCCUCUGUAAGGUGGAAGUGUACGCGGGAUUCGGCGGCAGCGCCCGCGACCCUCCGGUCUCCCAGCCUGCCGGCAAGGCUCGGACGCAACCGGAGCUGGACGGCGAGAUCCAGAGGGAGGCAUCUAGCGGGGAGGGGAGACGUGCGGUGUCGGUGUUGCUGCAGAGAAUGCUGCCGGCUGCUAGGCACGACACGGAUGUCGUGGCCUGCCUCCACGCCGCCUGCCGGGCGACCGCGACUGCCGUGGUCAACCCGCCGUCCACGGACAGGGGCGACGGCGGCGGCGGCGGUAGUGGCCGAUCGUCGUCGUCUUUCCUGCAGCAACGGGAACAGAGAGGCCAGCACCACAAGGGGCGGAUUAUUCCAUCAUCAUCGUCGUCUUCGACGGAUGCGACCGGGAGGCGUGCCCGGACAGCAACCGCACAGGAGUCAAGCGAGGACGCCGCGGUAGAGGGGGGAGACGCAAUCUCGCUGUCCCCUGAUCUCGUUGCCAGCACGGCGCUCUCCAGCCUUAACGUCCACUCGGGCAUUUUGUUGCUUGAGGAGUCCAUCAUGCGAAUCGGCAAUGAACGCGCCGCCGCCGCCGCCGCCGCCGCCGCCACCGAUGCUGUCGCAACCGCGAGCGGUGGGGCCACAGCUAGUAGCGGUGGCGGCGGUGGUGGAGGCAGGCGUCGACGCCGCAGCAGCGGCGGAGGUGAUGAGAAGAAGGACGCAUGGCUGCAGCUAUCGAAAUUAUACGCCGCUCUCGGGGAGAGGGAUGCCCUCGUCGGGGUCGCCGCGCGAGCGAGCAAGUCGGAGGGAACCCGACAAGCUUUGGAGGCCGAGCUGUCAGGCGAGUAUGACGUUGCCCUGAGGAUGUACAAGAAGCUGCUCGAUCGGUACGACACCCGCUUCGAGAAAGAGACGGACACUCAGGACAGCAGUGCCGCUCGGGGCAUGGAUGAAGAAGGCGUGGAAGGAGCCAGCGAGGCGGAGCUGAGGGCGUGGGACAUGCACCAGCUCGAGUGUAUGCGACAACUCGGCCAGUGGAAGACUCUCCGAGGAGAAGUAGUUGCGAUGGUCUCCGAGGGCGUGGAAGGAGAAGAUGACAUCGGCGGUGAGGAGUACGGCGACGACGCGAGGGGAUCCGCAGAGUGCCAGCGCCGUCUGUGGGGCGCGGAUCCCUCCCAGAGGGACGACGUGCUACCUUUCUUCGUGUGGUCUAUCGUGCACGACCAUCGCCGCAGCGAGGUCGCCCUCAACGCCUUCCUCGAUGCCAUCGUCGACCCCGAAGCCCCGUCGUUACGGCUUACGGACUCUUCUUGGGGAGGCAGAGAAGGCGGGGCUGCCGGAGAGUCAUCCCCUCCAGCCCUACGCUCAGGAGCGGAAGGUGGCGGUGGUGGAAGUACUUCUAGCGGAAGCUUAUCGUCAUCGUCGGCGUCCGCGUCCACUUGCACCCGGAUGGCGUGGCUCGAGACCAACAUGCCGGCGGAGCUGGCGAAAGCGUUUCUGCUGGGGAAUCAGCUCGGCCGCGCCCAUCAAUGUGUCGCCCGCUGCUACGACAGGUUUCAGGAGAAAUGGGCGGGGCUUCACCCCUGCGCGGACUCUGCAAGGAGGGAUCAGCUUCGAGGACUGCAGCUGGUAGUCGAGGUGGAAGACUUCCUGUCUUUCUAUGACAAGGAGGAGACCACAACUUCAACUUCAACUUCAAGUUUUCCUUCAAACUCGAAGGGUGUCGUGGCCGUGGGCCUGGGCCUGGGGGGGCGGUUGAACAGACUUCUCUCCAAGUGGUCGCGGCAGACCCCUUCUCAGGCGCUCGAUCCGGUGACGUCUUGGACUGCUGUGCUUGCCCACAGGCAGGACUGCUUCAAGGCUAUAGAGGUGAGGAAUUUCUGGGGCAAGGCGACACUGGGUACUGUUGCUCCUUCGAUUGUUUGA